CAAUAUAUUAGUCCCUACAGUUCAUACGAAAUCGACACCCUUGUGACUGUUUCAAUUCAAAUAUGAGCGGUUUUUGUGGAAGGAAGUUGUUCAUGCGCGAUUUCACACCGCAUAAGCCACGAAAAGAAUUACAAUGAGUGCACGCCAUGUCACGCCACUCCCUAUAGAUCCCUUCGUCAGCGCAAGAGGGUUCGCUAUCGCUGAGAGGGAGCAAUGCUUUAAUGGCGAUGGAGUGGGGAAGAUGGCCCGCACUCGCCGCUCGCAGACUCGUCCUUGUCGCCGCUAUCUGCGCCUUCACAGCUGCUGAUGGCUGUCUUGAGCUCCAUCCUCCCAGAGUGGUGGUGAGACAUGGAGACCCAGUAUCAGUGAACUGCACAGUGUCCACAGAUCACAGUAGCAUGGGCUGGGCAGCUCCAGUAGAUGAAGUACCUAAUACACCUGAUGUCCAGUUUGUCACUUGGAGGGUGGAAAGUCUGACAAUCUGGGACUUAAGGCCCCUGUGCUAUGCAAACCGUCCAGGAAAACAAUGUAUGGAACGUCUCUCAGUCACUGUGUACAAACCCCCAGACAGUGUUUCUGUCAGUUCUGUGAACUCUACUGACUCCAUGGUGGAGGGGAGUCAGUACCAGCUGAAGUGUGAGAUCCAGAACAUCGCUCCUGUUCAGAACCUCACUGUGAAGUGGUACAAAGGGGACACAUUAGUACAUGAAGACAGAGACUAUGUCAUAAAAGAUGGAAAGUCUGACAGAGAAAAGGCACCUGUGAGUGUGGCUUCCAUCGUUCUGAUCACCGCCAACAGAACUACUAACAGAACCGAUGAUAACGUACAGUACAGUUGUGGGGCAGAACUGGACCUGGGACCAGAAGCACCACAACCCCCACUUGCAGUGAAAUCAACACCCCUCAAUAUCACUGUGCACUAUAAACCCACUAUCAACCCAAUAGACACCCUGCUCUAUGUGAGGCGUGGCCAUUCUGCUGUGUUAAACUGCAGCGCUAAAGGGAAUCCUCCCCCGAAUAUUGUUUGGAUGUUAAAGGGCCAGCGAUUACCAACACAGGACGGCAUUUACACCAUCUCCGAGAUAGAUCAUGAGGGAAAUUAUACCUGCAGGGCAAGUAACAAUUUAGGGAUCCAUGAGGAAACAAUGCGGGUGAUUGUUACAGGUAUGACGCUUCUAUAAAUACCUGUCAUAACUUCCUUUCUCUCUGCUUCCUCUUCCUUUGCUGCCUUUGCAACACAUAUCAGGAAUUACAGUUUUCAUUAAAAUAACUGCAAAUUUGUUAUCUGAAUAUUCACUAUAAUUCUCCAGUAUAUUCUCUGGGGUUUGACCAAACUGUUAGGAGUAAUCAUGUUAAAAUAGUGGAAAAAAUAAGUAACUCUGGUUUUCCCAUUUAAAUUAAUAAUACAGUUUAAAUUCAUUUUCAUGUGAUAAAUUACUAGUCUGUAAUUGAUGAACAGUGAACUCGAGGACUAAUCGUGCAUUCCAUUUGCCUCGGAUUCCGAUUUUCGGAAUCCGAGAUUACGUCACAUCCGGUAAAAACUCGGGAA